AUGGCUACUGCCAAGUGUGAUAUCCUCAACGUCUCUACAAGAGACGUUGCUGGGUAUCUUCCGAUUGAGAAUUAUGGAAUGAUUGGGAAUAUGAGAACUUGCGCGUUAGUAAGUAUGGAUGGGAGUAUAGAUUUUGACUCUCCGUCCGUGUUUGGCCGUCUCCUGGACAAGUAUAAGGGAGGCUACUUUAGUAUAGCCCCCCCUGAGCCCGCAUCAUGCACAACUAAGCAGCAAUACCUCCCAUCAGCCGCCAUUCUACAAACUCGCUAUAUUAGCGAAGAAGGCGUCGUCGACGUCGUGGACUUUUUCCCCCGUCCUAAGGAGUCUACCGUUCUGUCUACGAAACAUAAGCACAGUGCCUAUCGCGAGGCCAGGAGUGUAUACGAAGAGCUGAAGAAAUGGCUAGUUCGGCGAGUCGAGUGCAUUCGCGAUGUGGACGUUUUCCCAGCGUUCGAUUAUGCAAGGGAGUCUCACACGACUACCAUACUGCAAACCGUGCAAGGAGUUGACAGUCCUCAGAGUAAGACUGUCACUUUCCACAGCAAUAGUCUGAAGCUUCAGCUUGAUGUGACUAUCGACUGCGGCGGCGGAGAGUCAGAUACUUGCCCGACCCUUCUUUUCAAAAAGGUGCAGAGAGAGGGCAUGAAAGGCGAGGGGGUUGUAGCCAAUUUUACACUGCAAGAGGGCCAGGCUAUUUCGUUCGUUAUUCGAGAGGAUAUACCAAACCACGUUACGGAGAACAUCACGAGUCCGGUCCUCGAUGCUCGACAACAUGACACGCAGGCGUACUGGUUUAACUGGCUCUCAAAAAGCAGUUAUAAGGGCGCCUGGCGCGAGGUGGUCAUCCGGAGUUUCAUGAUAUUAAAGUUACUAACCUACGAGCCCACCGGGGCCAUAGUCGCGGCCCCUACAUUUUCAAUACCCGAAGCGAUCGGUGGAGUUCGAAACUGGGAUUACCGUUUCUCCUGGGUUCGAGAUUCCAGCUUCACAAUCUACAUCUUGCUACGGAUGGGGUUUACGCAAGAAGCGGACGCUUACAUGGAGUUCAUCAGUGAAAUACUGCAGAAGACUACGGCGAAGGGCAGCGAUCUGCCGAUCAUGUUUACUAUUAGGGGUGAGACCGAUAUACCGGAGCAAGAGCUUGACCAUCUCGACGGCUACAAAGGUAGUAGACCGGUCCGAAUCGGCAACGGAGCCGCGUUCCACAAGCAGUUCGAUACAUAUGGCGAACUUAUGGACGCCAUAUAUCUUUACAACAAGUAUGGAAAGCCUAUAUCAUGGGACACAUGGGUUUCCGUUCGCAAAAUGCUUGAGGACCUCCAAGAACCGGAUAUGUCGAUAUGGGAAGUCCGCAACAACAAACAACACUUCGUCUACUCGAAAAUAAUGCUCUGGGUCGCCCUCGACCGGGGUCUCCGCCUCGCCGAGAAACGCUGUCUUCCGUGUCCCAACCGCGCAAAAUGGCUCGAGGCCCGAGACGCCAUUUACGAAGAGGUCAUGGAGAAAGGCUACAACACAGAAAUGGAAAGCUUCAUCCAAAGCUACGAAAACAACACCAUCCUCGACUCCUCGAUCCUAAUCGCGCCCUUGGUCUUCUUCAUCACGCCCAACGACCCGCGCUUCCUCAACACCGUCGACCGGAUCCUUCUCGCGCCAGAGAAAGGCGGCCUGACGAGCGCAGGCCUGGUCUACCGGUAUAACACGGAGCUCGCUAACGACGGCGUCGGCGGCCACGAAGGCGCAUUCAGCAUGUGCACCUUCUGGCUCGUCGAAGCGCUGACCCGCGCCUCGGUCUACGAGCCGCGAUACCUCGAGCGCGCCGUCAACCUCUUCGAGAACAUGCUCAGCUUCUCGAACCACCUAUCCAUGUUCUCCGAGGAGAUCGCGCGCAGCGGCGAGCAGCUAGGCAACACGCCCCAGGCCUUCAGCCACCUAGCCCUGAUCAGCGCCGCCUUCAACCUCGACCGCGCUCGAGACUACGCGAGGAGGUGA